CAGGGCCAUAGUGCUACUGCCAGGCCACCCAAGAGCUGGGGAGCCCAGUCAGCCCCCAAGCCCACACAGGCCCCUAUUGGCAAGCACUCUGACGGGCACCUUCCAAAGGUGCUCAGAGCUGACCCUGUGACCCAACAUGCUCAAGGCUUCCCCCACCUCGGCCGAGCCUGGGGCCCUCUCCCCCCCCAGGGCCCCUGGCAACAGCAGCACGGAGCUGGAGCCCCGGGACCCGCUGCUGGCCCGGGCGGAGCUGGCUCUGCUCUCUACUGUCUUUGUGGUGGUCGCUGUGAGCAAUGGCCUGGUGCUGGGAGCCCUGGUGCGGCGGGGCCGGCGGGGCCGCUGGGCGCCCAUGCACGUCUUCAUCAGCCACUUGUGCCUGGCUGACCUGGUAGUGGCCUUGUUCCAAGUGCUGCCCCAGCUGGCCUGGGAUGCCACCGACCGCUUCUGGGGACCGGAUGCCCUGUGUCGGGCCGUGAAGUACCUGCAGAUGGUGGGUAUGUAUGCCUCCUCCUACAUGAUCCUGGCCAUGACCCUGGACCGCCACCGUGCCAUCUGCCGCCCCAUGCUGGCCUACCGCCAUGGCAGCAGCGCACACUGGAACCGACCGGUGCUGGUCGCCUGGGCCAGCUCACUCCUCCUCAGCCUGCCGCAACUCUUCAUCUUCGCCCAGCAGGACGUGGGCACUGGCGUCCUGGACUGCUGGGCCCGGUUUGCCCAGCCCUGGGGCCUCCGCGCCUAUGUCACCUGGAUCGCCCUGAUGGUGUUCGUGGCCCCGGCCUUGGGCAUCGCCGCCUGCCAGGUACUCAUUUUCCGGGAGAUCCAUGCCAGUCUGGUGCCCACAGAAAGGGCUGGGGGACGGCGUGGCGGGCGCCGGCUAGGUGGCCCCAGCGAGGGAGCCCGGGUGUCGGCAGCCAUGGCAAAGACUGUGAGGAUGACGCUGGUGAUUGUGGUUGUGUACGUGUUGUGCUGGGCGCCCUUCUUCCUCGUGCAGCUGUGGGCAGCGUGGGACCCAGAGGCGCCUCUGGAAGGGCCCCCUUUCGUGUUGCUCAUGCUGCUGGCCAGCCUUAACAGCUGCACCAACCCCUGGAUCUACGCCUCCUUCAGCAGCAGCGUCUCCUCAGAGCUGCGCAGCCUGUUCUGCUGUGGCCGGGCACGUGCCACCCCCAGCCUGGGGCCCCAGGAUGAGUCCUGCGUCACAGCCAGCUCCUCCCUGGCCAAAGAGCCAUCCUUCUGAGGAGCCCGUGGGACGAGGGGGCCCUCGGGGUUGGGCCAGUGCCCUGUGAGACCUUCCUUCCUGGCUUCUGGGGGGCCCUCCAGCCAGCCCUCUGCAAGUCCCCCUUCCUCGCUAAUAAACUUCUGCUCGUA